UUAAUAUUUGAUAUGAAGGUUAUCCGUGGAAAAACCCUGAAUGUCAUUUGUGUAGACCACACUCAUGUAUUUUUCAUUAGAUGAAUCAAAUAGAACUGUAGCUCGGUCAGAUUGCCUACCUACUACUGUGUAAGAUGUCUAACAUUGGUUCAAAAUUCCUUGAUGUAUCAAGAUUUAUUUCAAGGCUUCAUGUGCCUAAAGAAGCUACAUUCAUAUAUUAACACUUUCAGCCCUUGCCAAUUUCAUUGAAUCAUUAGAGUGACCAUUCAUAAAAAUCUCUGCUUAUCUAACAUUUGUUCUCUUUUGAAGAAUCAUGAGUGCAACAUGUCACUCUUUUUUUCUUAAAUUUUGUUACUUUAAGGUGUUUUGUAAUAUUUGUUUUCUUCAAUCCUUACAAAAUUGACGUUCUCUUAUGGCUGUCUGCAUGGUUGUCCAUGUUUUUGUAUUCAAUCCACUCUAUCUUGUGUCUCAUUGCAGAGAGUGCUGAUUUUUUUACCUGGUUGCAUGCUUACAGGGGCCUAGUUGGUUAUAGAAGUGUGUUUAGCAGUGAUACACAUGGCACUGGAUUUAUGCAUCGCGCUUUCUUUAGUGGUGGCAUCUGGAGUAGAUGAAUGUACCCUCAAGCGUGAAUGUGUUUGUGCUGCAUCAUUACCAACUACCAUGCUGUUGUUAGUUGGAGGGAGUAGGAAUGAAGAAUCAGAAUUUCUUCAUUUUUUUGGAUGCUUCUAUUGAUCAGUCGGAGGUCUUCAACAGGGUUGUUUCUUCUGUUUGCAUUUUGCUAACCAAAGAUGAGCUUGUAAUCACCUUGCAUGGAUGCACUGCUACUAUAUGUGAUAAAGUGAAGCAGUCAGCAGAAGGUGCAAUUCAGGCUGCCAUUGAGCUCAUUACAAGAAGAGGCAAUGAGUUGAAUGAAACUGAUGUUUCAAGGUUGUUGGAAAUGAAAACCCUUCGACUCUUAUUUGUUUUGCAUCAAAGCCUACCAAUGCAGGACAGAUUACAUCGAAGUAACAUGUGAUUGAACUUGG